AAACAAGCAUCCACCCCAAACACCCGCGCUGGAUCGGGGCCUGGUGGUUGGGCUACAUCGUGUUCGGUUCCAUGGCCCUGGUCAUCGCCAUGCCGCUCUUUUUUUUCCCGCGCACACUCAACCGUGCGCCCACCAGGAACAACCGGCAGCCUGACAAUGCCAUGGACUCGAAGCCCGAGGAGAAGACCAAGCAACACCUCAAGCCUGACGUCCUCACCUCCGGACACACCAAGCAACAGACUGUGCCCUCGACGCUGGUCAAGCCCAAGUCACGCUGGGCACUGGACAAAUUCUUCACCUACAUCAGAGCUGGCAAAACGCUCUCGGCCGCUUGCAUCGGAACGUUCGCAGGGGGAUAUUUGACAAAGCGCAUGAAGCUGACUCCGUUGAAAGGGCUGAAGUUUAUCAUCUUUGUCCUCAUCAUGUCUCUACUCACCAGUCUGGCUGGGUUUUGGUUUAAAUGUGACCAACCAGAGGUGCACUUAGGGCCUGGCUCCGACUCUGAUGACGUCAGCUGCGGCGGCCAGUGUCACUGUAAAGACGACAGUUACUUCCCCAUCUGCGGCGACGACGGCAAGACGUAUUACUCCCCUUGUUUUGCCGGAUGUUUACAAGGGGCAGAAGGGAGGUCGAUGCCUCCUGUACGACAACAACCUAUUCCGCCUCAAGCUCCAUGGAUACUCCAGUGUGGCAAUCGGCUGUUCCCUGAUCUGUAACCUACUGGCUUUUCUCUACGCCAAGAAGACCGGCAAACUGGAUAAUGUGGGCUUACAG